AUGUCUUAUUUAUUGCCACAUUUAAAAAACGGAUGGGAAGUUGAUUAAGCAAUACUUCACGAAGAAGAAAGAUUGGUAAUAAUAAGAUUUGGACAUGAUUGGGAUCCAGAAUGUAUGAAAAUGGAUGAAAUAUUAUAUAAGGUAGCCGAAAAAAUAAAAAAUUUCGCAGUAAUAUAUUUAGUUGAUAUAACAAAAGUUCCCGAUUUUAACACAAUGUAUGAAUUAUAUGACCCAGUAACUGUUAUGUUCUUUUUUAGAAAUAAACAUAUGAUGAUUGAUUUAGGUACUGGUAAUAAUAAUAAAAUUAAUUGGGCUAUGAAUAAUAAAUAGGAAUUUAUUGAUAUAUGCGAAAUUGUUUAUAGAGGGGCUAGAAAAGGAAAAGGUUUAGUUAUUGCACCAAAAGAUUAUUCUACUAAAUAUAAAUAUUGA